CAUACGCCGAAUGCAAAAGCAUUCAAUUCAAAUGCGCUGCCAAACAUGUGGAAUUUAAUAGGAAACAUUUUCUCUUACACAUUUGGCAAGAAACAGGAAGCUUCUGAUGGAGCUGGUGAACUUACUGUUCUCAAAGGCAACAUGUUAAACUUGAUUCACAUGGAUUCUGUUUUCAGAGUAUGCCAGACUCGGCCCCCAAGUGUGCAAAGUGCUUUUCAGAAACACAACGCAGUUCACGUUUUCCCAUGGAAUCUAGAAUUCACUACUUUAGAAGCCAAUACUAAAGUAUCUUAUGGAAAACUUAGUAAAUUUCUCUCCCCAAGACAACGGCAUCAGGAAUCAAAACAAAAUAUAACAACAAAGAAAGAAAAGCAGAUA